UUCCGGUGGUGAGAAAUUGUGAAUUGAGAAUCAUAUUCGCCUACCGCACUGUGUCUGGCUGGUGGCUGCUUACUGUGCUCUCUAGAGUUAUGAAACAGACUACCCAUGAACGUUACCCUUAAGAGUCCAUAACUUUGCGAAAACCCAAAUUUAGGCAAUCAAAGGUGGUGGAUGUGUGAUGAUUUUUUAUGGCUUAAUUGUUUGUGAAUUGGAUAUCUGAUCUUUGUAUGAUUAGAGGGGAUGUUUGCUUAAUAGAAUAAUCCAUUUUAAUUCAUUUUUAUUUUUAACAUGAACUUUAGUAACUCAAAACCUUCGAGACACAUAUCACAUACUGCAUUGUAUCAUUUUGCCUGGGUGCUUGCUGUGUUGUCAAACUUCUUUGCUGUUGCUGCAUUUACACUAACAGGGGAGUUAAGAACCCAUGAAUGUUUCCGUUUGACACAAAUAGGAGGACUUGCUUCUAAACCGUGCACUAAAGAUGAUUGGAGGAAACAUCUCUGUUGCAGUUGAUAUACUGGAGACCAGAACAAAAGCAACGUAUAACAUCAAAACCAACCAUCUGAACUAUUAGCAUUGUUGCUUUACUCUUUUUUCGUGGUUGAGUCUCCUUCAAAAAAUUUAGUUUGAUUUUAGAAAAUUUUGCUUCUGCAGUCCUGUCUUGCCACCAACGCGUUCAGUAGAUGGAGAUGGCAGAGGCGAAGGCUAUUUUUGUGUUGUUGUUGCUGGUUUAGGGAUCGGUUUGUGAAGAAGAGGGAGAAGAGAGGGGGAAAGGGAAAUGCUAGAGAGGGGGGAUAACUCUUUUCUCCGACAAAAUUGGAGUGAAGAAAGGAAUUAUGAUCAGUAAGGAUAUGGUUAUCUUACAUAACAGUCUCUAUUCUGUUUGAAUUGAGCUUGGGAGGCAGUGAUAAAGACGAGCUGCAACCAAUUCAUAGUGAGAAGAGAGCUAUGAACUGUGAUCAUGUCUUAUUUCAAGUUAGAAGGUAGUUUCAGUAUAAGGAUUAUUUAAUUUGACAAGUUGUUUCGUCCAUGAUUCUUGGUAGUUUCAUUGCCAUUCUAGCCAUUGUUUAGUCUGUAAUUUUUUUAGAAUUGAUGUGUGAGUAAUGACUUUCACUUAGCUUCAACUAUUAUGUGUGUAUUUAUUGGCAUGUGAUAGAAUUCUCUUUUCCUUUUCUUUGAAUUCAGUUUCAUAGUCUAAUUGUAUCAUUUGUACAUAGGCAAAUCAUGCUCGAGAUGACAACUCGCUUAUAUGGCUGGUGCAAGGAAUGAAGCCAUCAUUAGAAUUCAUACCAACAACGGGGAGGGAUGCCCAGGACUAAUUCAAUGAUGAUUGAUGAUGGUAUAAUAAAAACUGCAGUCUGCAUCAGCACCAAUUUCUAGGCCUAAGUAAAGUUAUUCAACCCAGAACUCUGCUUAGCGCUAAAAAUUGCCCUCACCCAACCUUGAUCCUGUCACACUUCUGAAGAGUCAAGAUAUAUGACUAAUCCUCUCCGUUCGUAUUUUCUUAUUGACUCUUUCUGACCCUUUAGGUUUGGGCGGGUCGGGAAGAAUCGGAUUAGUGGGUCGAUCCUAAUCAAGUGGAAUCCCAAUCCCUUCACUCUCACUUGCUUUCUCUCCCAUUCCACAAGUGGGUGACAUAUAGUAAUCCGGCCAACGGGCCGGGUAAUAAGCUAGUCAUUAAUGAAGAAAGAUAGGAAAAGUGUACUUAGGAUAAGGUGACGGGUGAGUAAGCAAUGGUUACUAAAAUAAUUAAAUCCAGAUUUUUAGAUUUAAGUGAGUCUAGAAAAUUAAAAUCUAAGUGUUGUCAAUUAAAUGCAUUUUAUUUUUCCUAGUUUUUUUAAUCGGUUCUUAUCUUUUUCGUUCUAACUCGGAUUUCAAUUUUUUUCACAGAUGGAACGCGUUCGUUGUGCUCUACAAAAGUAGAUCAAUUUUCAAUAUAUUUCGAGAAACUUUUUUUUACCAACUACAUACCAUAUGAUAACUUCUUCGUUUUUAAGUCGUUUUUGAAAACGUUUGCUUAGAAGGAACGAGUUCAUCAUGAUCUGUUGGAUUUAUAAAUUUCUGGGUGAAAAAAAUCACGAAUAAAAAAUUACCAUACUUUACCACUAUAUGGUAUGUGGGUGGUAACUUGUAAUAAACAAUGAUGAAAGUCGUAAAUUACAGUUAAUAUACUCAUACUAUCAUGUAUUCAACCUUCUUACCAUAUUGGUAUGUUCAUAUCAUCAUGAUACGCUUUCUUACCAUAUGAUAUUAAAUUAGAGCAUACCAUAUAGUAAUGACUGGUAAAAAAUUAUUCAAUUUUUUUGUACUAAAAAUAUAUCAAAGAGGAUAUCAUUUUAAAGAGCACAUUUAAUCUGAUUUAUCUGAGCAAGAAAACUUAAAUUUCGACUUAAAACGAGAGAGAAAUCGUCCGUUAAAGAUUAAAGGGAAAAAGAUAAAAGAUUUUCCGAGAGAGAGGAUACUGAUGUCAUGCUGACGUGAACAUGUUACUUAUGGUUACUAAUCAUAGAGUUACUGACCUGAUCCACUCCCGGAAAAGUGCACUGAAAGGAAGAUUGGAGGGUAAACUAUAGGAUGACAAAAAAAAAACAGCCAAUAUUUAUAUAUUGCAUAUUCAUUUUAAUACAAGUCAAAUCAUGGGUAAUUUUUUUUUAGCCGAUACAUAUAUCUAACCUAUUAGUUAGGGUUUAAGACUUCAUCAAUUCUCUGCCGACUGCCAUAAUGUGGAUGUUCGAGUUAGUGAUCUCACACAGAAUCCUCCCAUGGCUGCUUUGAAAUGUUUUGCUUGCAAUACUGCACCUAAAGAUCAUUCGAAUUUUAUAAGAAAUAACCAAGCAAGCAAGCUUCAUCGUAUAAUGCCACAUUCAACUCCUUGCCUUGACGAAGCCCCAAAUUCCAUCUCUCUUCGACUUAUAUAUUGUCUCACAACCAACCAUGUGAAUAUAUACAUCUUGUUCCAGCCGACGAUCCCCAAAUGAAGCUUCGUAUUUUAUCCAUCUAGUCGCAAGUUGUCAUCGACAGGAUACCGUUAUUAGGAUUUUUGUAAAAAAUAAAAUUGCCACCGAUUUUGAGAUUGAAUUAAAUGGAUUAGCGUCUUACUCCUCCACUAAUUUAGUUUUUCCCCAUUUUUUAUUCGGAUGAAAUUUAAAUUUUUGUCCGGUUUCUAUUUUUCUAGUUGAACUGACCAGUACGAUCCGAUUUUCUAAACCAUGAACAAUUCACGUUCUAAAAUACGCCAGUUUCUUUCUCUUCUCAUUUCCUAGACGGAUCCCUAAUAGAUAGCUAAAGACCUCUCUCUACAUUUUCUCUCUCUAGUUUUUUGAAUUCUGAAGCUUUUUCUCAGUCCCGUUUGAAUUCCUGCACUUUCUUCCCAGCACAGCCUUUGUGAUCUGGAUGACUUUACUCCUCACUUGCUGAGAUGACUACUAAACCUCCAUCUUCAAGGAGAUGAUUCAUACACUACUCUUAAAGCAAAAUAACCCCCCUCAAACCACACUGCAGCAUUUAAAUCGGAAGGCAAAAACAGAGAUGGGUAGCUGGAAGAAGGUACAUCCAGCAUUAAAGGAUCAUCAACCAUUACAUCUAUUCCCAGAAAGGAAAGUGGCUCCGGUAGAUAUGAGUCUCUUCAAGCCACCAUUACUGCUCCAAAUCUCAGAUCUCUCUCCUAUCUUCUGCUCUGAGCCUCUCAAGAGAUCUGCAAACUGCAGUAGCAUGGAGGACAUUUAUCAAAUCAUACAGCUGGACGAAGUGUUUAAUAAAUCUUGGGAGGAUGACUGCUGCACUUGGUUUCCACUAUUUCAACCAGAACAUUUACUCCGUAUCAGACUUUACCUUGAGCCCCAAAAGUGCCAUGUAUCGGACAGAAGAAGAGCAGACUGUUGUGCUUUUAUUCCUCGUCAAAUCUUACCUAAUACAAGGGAAAGGGACAUUAGAGUUAUGACGAAGCCCAGAUUGAGUUAUAAAAGCAAUGGAAAUCGGCUGAAGAUCAAGACCCUUAUGCUAAAACCCACCCCUGAAGAAAUAAACCUUACCUUGUUCUGCUGCCAUACAAACCCAACAAAAGCCACUUGGAGAAAGAUGGAUGUUAAUGCUUUGAUCAACCAAGCGGGUGAAUGGGAUCUCGAGAUGAAGCCAGAUGAAGCCAGGAUAGCACACAAGAACACCCUAGUUGGUAAACUGCUGUCUGAAAGAACAGUCAAUGCUCGAUCAAUGAGAAACAUGAUACGAGCGGCAUGGCUUGACAACUUCAAACCAAAAGUCCAUGAAAUGCCAAGGAUCGAUGAUGCUGGGGAGAAUACCUUCACAAUUGACUUCAAAUCCAAAGAAGAAAUGGAGGCGAUAUGGGAAGACCGCCCAUGCCCAGUUUCUGGCACUCUGCGUCAACUCAAAAGGUGGAUCGGCACGGAGAUCCCAGGGGCAAUCACUUUCAAUCAUGCUGAUUUUUGGAUCCAAAUCCAUAAUCUGCCGGAGGCUUAUCGUACUGAAGGUAAUAUAUCCAUGAUAAGGAACAUGUUUAACCGUCUAAUUGACUUGGACCGUAGAGCUUUGCAAGCGCAGAUCUACAGGCUGUUUGUUAGGGCUUUCGUGGAAGUUGACAUGACCAAACCACUCCCAGACGGAUUCUACCUUCGCCACCAACAGAAGAGAAUCUGGAUCGAGUUGAAGUACGAGAGAUUGAUGAUGGUGUGCUACUACUGUGGUAAGAUUGACCACACUAAGCAAGAGUGUGAGUCUCGAAGGAACCCAGAAGGAGGGAAUCACCCACUUCCAGACAUUCAACGUUGGGGGCCAUGGACAAGGGCGAGUUCGAAUGCUUUCUCACCUCGGACUGUUCAGCAGCUGGAGGCUGAAGCCAUCAUCAACAAGGAUGCUGCAUCUUCCUCAAAUCCGACGGAUCGGGCCUUCCAAUCGCCGACGGCGAACAGCGGUGCUCCGACGCAGAACGCCAACAUUGGGCCCCACCAAACUUUGGGUUUCUCACCACAUCAAGGUCAAACCCCCCUGUCAGUGACUAGCCAGAACUUCCCGUUACAAACGACUCUUUCCCCUUCCCUUAACUUUCUCUCACCCCAUCAGACACUGUCACCGCCGUUCACACAAACCCAGACAUUCAUCUCUCCAACUCUCCAGCAAAAGACAGUCUCUCGUAAUCUCUUUGGAGGGGUAGAGACGGCUGAUCAAUCCCAACCCUACCCAAAUAACAUCUUCUCUCCCGUAGCUUUUAUGGGCCCAAAUGUCCCUAACUCAAAUUUGGGCCAAGUCCCAACCCAACCCCAGACCAAUUUCUUUGUUAACCAUAACUAUUUUAGUGUUGGGUCGAGUGGAGCUGUUAAACAAUCAAAAUCUCCAGCCCGCCACACUUUCAAUUCUCGCAGGCUGUCCUCUAGCCCAACUCAGAACAUUUCCAAAAAGAAAAGGAAGGCGGGCUAUGUGGCUGAGUUCGAAAGGGAAGAAACAGGGGAGCCACAUACUCUGCUCCAUCACUCUGUGAGCAAUUCAAGUGAUUUCUUGGCGAUUUGUGGAAUUCAGGAGGAAGAAGAUGAAGAAAUUCCACCGGGUUUUGGCCCAGGUGCUUCUGUGGACAUGGUGGCCGAUUCCAAGCCACCACAGGGGCCAUGAGUACAAUUGCUUGGAACUGUACGGGAUUCGGGUAGAAACCUACAGUUCGACAACUUAGGAAAAUGGUUAAUCGCUUCAAGCCAUCAGUCGUUUUCCUGUCCGAAACUAAGAAGAAAGAUUCUUAUAUGGAGAAGAAAAGAAGAAAUUUAAGGUUCUCGGAGCACCACUAUGUUUCUCCAGAAGACAGAGCUGGCGGUCUUGCUUUAUGGUGGACCAGAAAUCUUGAUCUGCAAAUUCUGGAUUGUAAUGGUUUUUUCAUUGAUGCUUUUGUUAACUCUGAGGGGGGUUAUUUUAUUACUUUUGUUCACGCUCCCUCUAACCCCACUGAUCGUAGGGAUUUUUGGGAUAUCCUCAGUAAUCUCAGGGAAAAUGAGGAGGAUAGGUGGGUAAUUAUUGGGGACCUUAAUGCUGUUUUGUUCAACGAGGAGAAGAAGGGUGGUGGGCUUCCUAGAAACGAAUCAACCAUCCCUUUUAGG